AUGGUCAAUCAGCUUUGGCAGAAACUGAAGGUUGUGAACGGCAUGCGCAGCCGUUCAAAAGGAGGAUGUGAAUACGCGCCGCUGUGUGUUCUGGACAGUGUGCUCCUAGCAGACAACUGUCGCUCGCUUGAUUCCGAGAUAGACCUUCUACGUGAAGUGGCGACACACACUGCGUAUAAAGCCAGAGCAACCUUACGCAUGCUUUGUCUGGAAAUGCCAUCUGAAGACGUCGCACGGUCACGCGUGCGUUCACUCCUCACCGACAUGGGUGUUGAGAGUGGGCUAUGGAGCAUGCCAUCGCUCAAGGAUGAUGGCAGUGUUGUGUUCCCUGAAUCCUUACCUUUGGGAGACAUCGACCACAUGCUUCAUCAUGUAAUGGAGGAUGCGGAAGCCGCUUUUGCCAUUGACAAUCCUUACUGGACAGCGUGGGACAACCAAAUAAAAGGGUUAUCAAAGUUCUUUUCCAAGAGAGAUUGCUGCGAUCGAUAUAUUCAGAAGCAGGUAUUGGAGAACAACAAACUAUCUCAACACAGCAAGCGUGUAAUUGCAAGGCUUUUUGACAUGACCUGCCCUACACAUUGUCGAACACGGUGGCACUAUGCUUUUGAAGUCAUGCGGUGGGUAGCCGGAAGAGAAAAGCUCAUUGAGUACUUGGAGCCUGCUUCAGCAACAAACGCAGAUGACACUUCAACAGCAGAAGCUGCAGCUUUGCAGCAGCUGGGCACAAGUUCCGAACAACGAUUGCGAUUUUGGGCAAUCUUCUGGACAUAUUACUCCCUCCAGAGCUGGGGAUUUGGGGUAUACCUUUACAUGCAUUCAUGCCCGUGCCCGGAACAUCAAAACCAGGAGUCGAAACUGCAGUUGCUUAGGAGGAAGCCGUGCAAGUUGAACGGUCGACAACUUAUCAACCUGUCCAAUGGGAAGUGCUCCUGCUUCCUUUCUGAUCUGAAAGCACUUCGUUUGGAAGCCAAUCAGAAAGCUUCUGACGCAUUGUCACGGCUGGCUCAAGUGGAUGCAGAAUGCGAGAGGAUCAUCAAGCGCAGCUUUGAGACCGCAAAGGGUGCGAUGAUGCUUCGCUUUCAGCAGGGGACAAGCUUUUAUGAAGAGUUUCCUUGGAGUCUCCCAAAGCUCAUGACAUUCAUUCUCGUUGGUGAGGGCGACAGGGAGGCUGCAAUCAAGGAAUCACGUGCGUCAGCAGCUGAGCUGAUCAGACUCUACCGUGCUGGCUCCCUCCAACAAGGCAUAUUUGCGGACAAGUUCUUUGCUGCAGGACUACCUCUGGCUGCUGAAUUGGCUGAGUGGGCAUUUGGCUCCCAUUGUAUGCAAGAUGGAUUGUUUCAUGAACUGCUAUCUUACGCAUUUAGCUUGGUGGCCAUGCAAAGACUGGAGAGCCGUCAUCAUUUGGUCAAUAUGCGUGUGUCGCCAGCCAGAGCAUCAAGUGCAGCAUAUGUGUCAGCCAAUCUUCGAAGAACUUUGAACAAUGAUGUCAAAGAGGAAUCGUUCAGACAAAAGUUUGAACACUACCUUCAGCACUUCGAGGAGUUGGUUCCGGAAACGUGGCAAAGCAAAUGCGAAUUGCACAAGCUCAUCUCUGGCCAUUCAUUGGCACUUAUGUUUCAGGAUGUGUCUGCUGACUGUGCUUUGGUUCAGGCUUAUUCAUUGCCACCUCGGCCCCGUCGCAAUGAUCUGAUCUUGAAGAUGCAUGAACAUGUGCGGGUUGCUUUGGCGCCCGGAAGUUGUUACGCCGUGCCUGUCAGUCAGACCGACACAGGUGCCACAGUCUACAUGAUUGUCAAGUUGGUAGACAAGCGGCCUGAUGCUAAGAAAUACAUGCAACGCUCUCUGCAGUGGAACACAAAAGCUGAUCCUUGGCACGAUUGUGUUGGGGUGAUUGCUCUGGGAACCACAACAGUGGAGCCUGAGUCUGAGUGCGUCCCUUGUCAAGAUGGCAAGGUCGAUCUACUGCCUCUGCCUGCAGACACGGAGGCUGAUGUUGAGAUGGGAAGUGUUGAAGCUGUGCAGGUAGAGACUUUUUUCAAGUACAACUUCGACCAUGUCUACAAAUUCCAAGAGGCUGUUCACACUUGCAAGCUAUCAGAAGACGCAAUCUGUGGACGUAUGGAAGAUGAGGAUGACACAACUGACAUUGGAGGGCUCGACAAUGUUGUGCUCAGCAUGCGAAACAUUACCAGAAUAUUUGGCUCGGAAUGUACUGGUUGUGCAGAGACUGCAUUUCAAAGCGCAGCACAUCAUUUGGGCUUGGAUACAGUCUUCCGUUAUGCAGCGGAUAUCGAUGGUGAAUGUCGAAAGGUCUUGACCACUUCCUUUGAUAGUGAGUCGUGUGUGUUUGGUGACAUUCUGGAAUUGCUUCCUCAAGAUCUUCGAACAUCUGUUGAUGAGAUGGUAGAAGAGAAGGUGGCAGUCUUGAAGAAUGAGCUAUGUGAGGCUCUGGGUAUGGACUCAGAGAUGAUCAAGGCUAUGCGCAAGCUGCCUUGCGUUGCGGUCUUUGACAAGUUGUUUUCAAAGUCUGGAGUUCUCAAGAAGAAACUAGGAAAUGCACACAAGGGUUGGACACUACAGGGCUACACAGAGGACAAAGGCUUGGAUGCUUAUCGUAAGCGUUUUCCUGGUUUCAAGAUUGCUGACCUCUACCAAUCACCAGAGUCGAGACCUAGGUGUAUGGAUUGCAAGGAAGCAAUUGGCGAUGGCGCUGAGCGGAAGUUUGGAUCACUCUUUAAAUGUUGUGACUGCCACUCUAGCUAUCGCUAUUGCAGGGAUCACAUGGAAGGCUGGAGCAAGAUGUCCCCUGAGGAAUUGGAGCAGUUGGAGAUCAAACGCAAGUGCAUCUUGAUGAAGAACAAGUGGCUGGACAAAAUAAAGGAGCUGGACACAGAGAUCUCAGUCAGCUUGUCCCGCGCGAAGAAGUAUGAUGAAAGUAUUGAGUUGGCAAACUUAUUGAAGUCCAGGUUUGAAAGGCUGUUUGCGAUGGGGCCUGAUGUGCAAUUGUCUUCUAUGACUUCCGACAAAGACUCCAUCAUCGCUGAGUUCGACAAGAGCAGCGCCGUGUCCAAGCUAAGCCCACUUUCUCAUUCCCGGCACAAGACGCUCUUGGCGCCAACGAAGCAAUCUCUUCAGGACUAUGACAAGACCAUGGUCUCAUCAGAGCAAUCCGUUCGGAAAGCACUUGUUCAACUGGACAAAACCAUCGACACUUUGGAAGCAGCCGAAGAGCAACGCCUUGAGCAAGAGCGAAGGAUGCAAGAACUAAAGCGCAAGAAGCUGAAUGCGAUUGAGGACAAAAUGAAGCAAGCGCGCAGGAAGGGCAAGGAACAGGCAGAAAAAGAUGUUCGUGCUCAUGGUUCUCAUUCUUCAAACGACGAAGACGAACCUGAGGGAUCUGUCGCAAGCAGCAGCAGCAGCAGCAGCAGCGACGAAGAGGACGAUGAGGACAAGAAGGGCGAGGGAAAGAAGGAUAAGGGCAAGAGUGGCAAGAGCAAGGAUGGCAAUGACCAUGACCAUGCAACCGCUGUCGAAUGGAGACUUCUUUCAGAUGCCGAUGCCCUGUCUGAGGCCCUUCUCAGGAUUCCUUUUUCAACUGAGCAUCGAGACUUUCUAGCCAAGCAGCCCUAUCUCAUUCGACUGGGUGGUGGUGAGGAGCUGAACUUGGAUGUCGCUGUGUAUGAUCAGGACUUAAUCCGCUCUGCCCGUAGCAAAGAUGGUGAGCACUACAGCCAAACGAGGUUGCGUUCAUUCUUGCAACAGUCACAUCGCCCCGCGCACUUGGCUGUUUACAUUCGCGAGCUGAUGACUGGGUACAACAAGCUUGAUGAGUUGCUCCCAGACGAUGGUGAAGAAUCGCUUGCGCUUUUGAAAGCAUGCGGGGGACGCAUCAUCGCGGCCGGUGACAAUUGGCAUUGGAAUGGGGCUGUUGUGAUCCCUGCGGGCUACAUCAUCUUUCAUGCCUCAAAAGGACUUCUCCCCGAAGCCUUUCUACCUACUCAGAUGAGCAAAGAUUCUUUGAGCGAUGGAUGCUCGCUUUAUGUCUUCACUGGUCUUCCCAUGAACUUGAUGAAUGCGGAGUCUUUUGAGGACCUCCUCCAAACAGUGCAACUUGCAAUUCAUACUUGUGGGGACAAGAAGAUCUGGGCAAUGCGCAAGGAGGGUCUCUCAUUGGGAUUGAAGUUUCUCAAACAGUUGGCGCCGGCUGCCAACGUGAAGACUGAGACUUUAUCUCCAGGCAACAAAUCCAAGGCUGGUGGUUCGGAAGCACCUCAGGACGCAUCCAUGCUACGACCAGAGGAUGUGGCAGACCUUGGAGAGGAGAUCUGGGCGGAGCUGGAGAAGGCUAAAGCCCACCAAUUCUUUCCCGCAUACUUGCAAGAGCUUCUAUCUGAAGUGGAUGAGGACUAUGAAUUUGGACAUGAGGACGGAGAUCCUGCGGCUGACUUGGGGCGAGAUGAUGCUGAUGCCAGACCGGCCUCCCUUGAUGUGCCACCAGAAACUGAAGCCCCUGCACUACCUGCUUCAGGCUGCGCGGCUGCGGGUGAGAUUGCAGCUGCAGCUGAAGCGCCUUCUCAGGCAGAAGAGCGUAAGACUGAAGCUGCAGCUGAAGCACCUUCUCAGGCAGAAGAGCGUGAGCUUGAUCCUCCAGCUCCAGCCGCGCCAGCAGCAGAGUCAGCAGAGCAUGGUAAGCUGAUGUUGGACUACACAGCGCGGCCAAAAAGCAUCAGUGAUAUCCGACGCUUCUUGAAAAAGAAGGGAGCACAAACUCUUGCAGAGGAGCGUGUUCGUGCGCUUCAGCAUCCCAUGUUCAAGAAGUACUCCUCUGCAAUGCUACGUGGAGAGUCUAUGGCUUCUUGGGGUGUCAUUGAUGGUGAGAGUGACACCAAGGCCUUGCAAGAUUUGCGAGGUUUCAUUGUAUGGUUGCAUGACAAGAGUGGUUUGUCCUCAGAUGAACUGCAUGAGACACGUGAACCUGCUCAAGAAACGGAAGCUGACAUUACUUUGGAGUCUUUGGCAGCAAAGACCGCCACGCAGGCAGUCCUUGAUGCUCAAUUCGUUGAGGUUGACCCCAUGUAUGAACACUUGCCGAAUCCUUCCUCAGAUGCAAUGGAUCUUUUGAACGCAGGGCAUGGUGCGAAGCCAACCGCAGCCGCAGCCAAGGAGCAAGAGCAAGUUGCGCUACCAUCUACUCCGCAGGUGGCUAUCCGUCGGCGUCAGACAACCAAGAGCCCCGCCCCGUGUGCUGAGUGA